AUGCAGCUGUGGGCCGUGAGCAGCAACAUGGAGCUCGCUUUCCCAGCUGGAGAUGAGAGCGACGCCAGUAACGACGAGUGGGACCUCGGUCAUUACUCCGCCAAGCCAACGAGCGGAAUACAGCGGAGUCAUACCAAACUGGCUUCAUUAAAGGUAGGCAAAAAUGACGACAUCUCGGUGCUGAAAAGGGCCAUCAGUCACGGAGACGUCGAUACUGUGGAAAAGCUCUUGGACAAAGGUAUGAACGUGGAAACCCGGCUGCACUUCGACUGGACUCCUUUGAUGUGUGCCGUCCGCGUGGCGAACUACGACCUCACCAAGCUGCUGCUGGACCGAGGCGCCAGCGCCAAUUUCAGCAAAGAUCACUCGACGGUGCUCAUGGUCAGCUGCACUGCCACCGCCACCGAAGACAAAAUCGCUUGUUGUGUGGAGCUUCUUCUGUCCAGAUCUGCUGAUCCCAACAUGGUUGACAGAACUCAUAUGACCUGCCUGAUGUUUGCAGCCAGGGACGGUUACAGCAAGGUCAUCAACCUGCUGGUGUCCCACGGGGCCAAAAUCGACGACCAGAACACCGACGGAUACACAGCUUUGUCAAUAGCAGCGCAGUACGGGAGAGAGCAGGCCGUGUUGAAGCUCCUGCAGCUGGGAGCAAACAAAGCCAUCAAGACGAAGGCGGGCAAGAGCCCCGCAAACCUGGCAGAGCACUUCAAACACACGGAGAUCUGCAGGAUCUUGAAGUCUUCGUCCCUCAGCUCUGCUCUCCAGACCUCCACGUCCAGGGAGGAGGCCACGUCCAACCUGAUGACAAAACCAGAAACUCCGGCCCCCAAGCAAAGCGUCCUCAACGAUCUGGAGCUCCUGCUGCACGGCCUGAACCUGGGCCACCUCAGUGACAUCAUCACCGAGAACGACGUCACCUGGAGCCACCUGCUGACCAUGGAGAGGGAGGACUUGGAGAAGAUCGGUAUCACGGACCCGGCGGAGCAGCACAAGGUGCUGAGUGCUGUGCAGCAGAUGCACCUGGACAAAGUGGACCUGGAUACCAUCAACCAGCUGGGAGUCGCUGACAGCGGGAGCGAGGAUCUGUUGAACUUCCUCAUCAGUGUGAACCAGCAGUGCUCCUACCUGACGGAGAUGGUUCAGGACGUCAUCUGCCGCUUUCCUCGCCGGGCCUCGCAGCUGGUCUUCUCACUGGACCCGAACAAGGAAGCUCAGGCCGUCUGCAACCAGCUGGUGGUCCAGACCAAAGACCUGGAGAAGGAAAUCACCUGCCUCCAUCAUCUGCUGAGCCAGGUCAACACGAGUGUGCAGGAGUCGGAGCGCGGCGGCGGCGAGCUCCGGCAGGUACGGCGGCGGAGACUCGGCUCUGACAGGCCAGAAUCCUCACAGCCCAUAAGUCAGCAGCUGUGA